GGCCAAAUUUCGCAAACGAGGAUGAGAUUUUCCCGAGAAGGGAAAGAGGGGAGGGCACCCCGGCCCCGCGGUAAGCUCCCGGCCCGUUUGCUAAAAAAAGUGCGACCUCUCCACCGCGUCCGACGAUCCUCCGCCUCGAUUCCCCCACCCCGAUCCCUCUCGUCCCUGCAUUUCGCAAUGAUCCAUGCCGCUGCAGUGCCGCGGCGCGGAGGAGGGUCCAGUGACCAGGGCCCGGAUUGAGGGCGGCCAUCAGGGCGCGAGCACGCGCGUUCGACCGGCGGGGGAGGCGAGGGCGGGAUGUCGAGGGCGAACCGGCUCGGCGAGCGGGUGGAGUUCAGGUUCUCCAACCUUCGCGCCGUCCAGGUGCCAGUAGUAUCUGACAGGCUGUUAAUUUCUAUAAUCUCGGUGGACACAGGCAAAACAAUUGCCAGGUCCAGUAAAGCUGCUGCUCGAAAUGGAAUAUGUCAAUGGCCCGACUCCAUACUGGAAUCAAUAUGGUUUUCUCAAGAUGAUGCAUCAAAAGAAUUUGAGGAUUGCCAGUGCAGGAUUACUGUUUCCAUGGGAUCAACGAAAUCUGGUAUUCUUGGGGAAGUUUUCCUGAACUUGACUAACUAUCUUAGUUCAGUAGACCCAACUUCAAUUUCAUUGCCGUUGAAGAAAUGCAAUUCUGGAACAGUUUUACAGCUUAAGAUUCAGUGUCUUGGCACAAAGUCUAAGUCAAGUCCAACCAAUGAUGUUAGGGACAGCAAAACAGAUGAUUCCGAUAUCAUGGUCCCCAGGAAUGCUCGUUUUUCAUCAAGAAAUCCUUUAGAUGGUGUUCAUCAAGAUGAAGUUGGAAUUAGGGAUGCAAGCUUCUCAUCAUCUCCCAGGGAUGAUUCCGACGGGGGAUUAUACAUAGGGAGGCAAGAUACUGCUAGUUCUUUUAUCUACAAUAUUCAUGCGGAUCGUGGUGAACUGAUUUGUAAAUCUAAUGAUUUAUCUUUCAGUUCUCAAACUCCAGGUCAAAACAUGCUGCAAGAGAGCAUAGCUGAGUCAUCCUUAAGUGGUGUUGCUCAUUUAUCAUUAGGGGCAUCUGGUUCAUCCAAAGCUCUCCUUGACACUGCUGAAGAAACAAUCGAGGAACUCCUUGCUGAGGCACAAAUGUGGGAGACCCAUUCUCGCCAAUUGAAAAAUGACCUGGAGACAUUGCAGAAGGAAUGUGAUGAAAAAUCUGUGACACAGUCUGAGCUACUCCUGGAACUUUCUGCUUCACAAGCAGAACGGGAGUCAUUAAGAAAGGAAAUUGUAGAAUUAAAAUCGUCUCUUGAAGUGGCUACAACACGACAAACUGUUGCCGGAACUACCAAGUCUGGUGAUGUGAUAGACUGCGAGCACGAACUAAAAGAUGAAGUGCAGUUUUUGCGGGAAUCAAAUGAAAACUUGACAAUACAACUGAAGAAGGCUCAAGAUGCAAAUAUAGAGCUUGUUUCUAUUCUUCAAGAACUGGAAGAAACAGUAGAAGCACAGAGAACAGAAAUCUCCACUAUUUCUCAAAUGAGCAAUACAGUUGAUCAUGACAUUCCUGUAAAUGCAUUAUCAGUUCAAGAAGAUGCAGAGUGGGCAAGGAAGUUGUCACUUAAAGAAAAUGAGAUUGUAGAAUUGAAGGAGAAAUUGGAUCGUGUACUCAAUCUAGAAAAUGCAAGUGGUUCUGGUUCUGAUGCUAUAUAUCUUGAACUGGAAAAGGAGAAUGAAUUCCUGAAGACAAAAAUGGAAGAACUUGAGAAUGAUUGUUCCGAAUUAACAGAGGAAAAUCUGGAACUUAUACACAAGUUGAAAGAAGUAACUGGGGUGGAAGGACAGGGUUCCUGCAUUUCUGAUAUUCAGGAAAUGUUAAAUGCGGGGGAUCUUUCUGGGACAUCAAAAUCUAGAGUAAAAUACCUAGAAAGAAAAUGUGCUGACCUUGAUCUGAGGAUAUUGAAAUUUGAAUCGGAGUCCCGAGAACUAGAAGAGAAGUUCCAAAAAAGCCAAGAGGAACUAAAAGAGAGAACUCUUGAAUUAUCUGAACUAAGAGAUAACAUUAGCAAUUCACGUGUUAUGGAACUGGAGGGAAGGGAAAUUGAUGUUGCAAGCAGUCACCGAUCAGGAAGUGAAGAACUUGGAGGUACUGAAUCUGAGUUGAAUUUGCUAAAGGAUACAAUUCAGCUCAAAGAAAAGGAGAUUGAAGGCUUGCAGCAUUCUAAACUAGAAAUGGAAACCUUCACACAUAAUGUUCUUGAACGGAAGAUACAUGAGCUUGAAAGCUGCAAAAUGGAACUAGAAUUGCAUGUAUCGAGGCUGGAAGAUGAAAAAAUUGAAUUGUUGGAGUCCAUUUCUGGAGUGGAGGCUGAGUUGACUAAUCUGACAAGUGAGUACGAGUCAUGUAUAGUGCAAAUGGAUGGUUCCAGAACAUUACUCAAGGAUAAAGUAGAAUGGCAGCAAGCAGAGUUGGAAGCUCAAAAGGUGGAACUAAAGCAAAAACAGCUAGAGUUUCAGAAAAGAUAUUCAGAAGUCCAUGAGGAUUCAGAGGCUCUAAGAAGAUCAAAUGCUAAACUACAGGCUAAAGUUGAUAAUCUUGUUGAGGAGUGCAGUUCUCUUCAAGCAUUGACGGAUGAUCUAAAGAAGCAAAAGUUAGAACUGCAUAGCUCUGCUACACAACUAGAGCAGGAACUGGAGCACUCUAAAAGAAAGACCACAGAAUUUUGCAAAACUGUGGAGUUCCUAGAGGCAAAACUUUCUUCAAUUCAGAAAGAUAUAUCUUCAAAAGAGCAAUCUUUUCUCUUGGAACUGGAGAAUGUAUUUCAGGAGCACAAGGAGCAUGAAGAAAAGAUAAAUCGUGCUCAUUUCCUUUUAAAUAAGAUCGAGAAAGAAAAAAUAAUUGAGGUAGAGAAUCUCGAGAGGGAAGUCUUGAGCCUUACUGCACAGUUGUCUUCAACACAUGAGGAGCGAGAAAAUUCCACUUUGGAUACUAUUCGUGAGGCCUCCAUCCUUCGAGCAGACAAGGCAAAACUUGAGGCUAAUCUUAAUGAUGUCAGUGAACAGUUGAGGCAUUACGAGUGUCAGUUGGAAGAUAUACGUAAGGAGUCUAAAAGCAAGAUUAAAUCCCUUGUUGAUUCACUCAAUGCAUCGAAACAGAAUGAAGAAAUACUGAAAAGAGAUGCUGAGGAUAUGAGAAGGUUGAUGGCAGCUGCUAAAUCUAAUGAAGAAAAAUUAAGAACAACUUCAAAUGAACUAGAACUGAAGUUUAAAACUAGCAAUUUUGAGAAACAGCAAAUAAUGGAAGAAAAUUCUGGACUAAAAAAUCAAGUCCAGAAAAUAGCAGGCCUGCAAGAUGAACUUUUGAAACUGCAAAGUACCCUUGAUGAGGCUGAGUUUGAAAAGCGAAAACUUGAAGAGCUAAUUCGGUUGUUGUCUGAAGAAUGUGAUGAACUAAAGGUACAAAAGGCCGUGUUAACAGACAAAGUCUCACACAUACAGGAUGUUUCCAACAAUAUCAAUGAAGAAAAACAAAGUAAAACAUCCAUGCAAGCAAAGCAUGAGAGAAGCACAAAACAGGGGAACAAUGAUCUAGCUACUGACAACGGAGGUUGUUCUCCAGUUAAUGAGGAACCAGACCUGCAAACAAAGGUCAAAUCACUGGAAAGUAGACUUGCCGAGGCUUUGGCGGAAAAUAGCAUGUAUAGGACACAGCUGAAGAGUCCCAUGCCAGAGGGGCAAUCUGGGAGCAGGGAUGGUGAAGAGAAUAAUGACGACAAAAUAGCGCAACUGGAGUCAGAACUAAAAGACAUGCAGGAUCGGUUACUCAACAUGAGCAUGCAGUAUGCGGAAGUAGAGGCUCAGCGGGAGGAAUUAGUGAUGGAGCUUAAAAACGCAAAUGCAAAGAAAGGACGGUGGUUCUAGCAAUUAGUGACAGAGCUCAAAACCUACUGGGUGCCAUAGUUGUUAGGCCUACAGGCCACAGCACAGUGACGGUACCUGCUCAUGUAUUCUCAUGCUUUGAAUACCGAUUGCAUUUGAUUACCUGAGGAAAAUGAGCGUAUGACACCAUCUUGUUUCUUGGUUGAACUGAAGGAAGCCUUUUGUUUUGGGGACCAAGGAUAGGAGCUCUGUCAUUCAUAUCAAGAAGAAAACACACUGCCCGCAAAAGGAAGGAAAAAACAUAUCCUGGUAAGACAUACUGAUGGAAGGGUCACCUCAGCACUCACCUAGGAAGCAUUUUUUCUAUUGAUUGGUUUCAACUCAAGUUCAUGAGAUAAUGAGAUUUUGUUUCCAAAACACAGAACCCCCGUAUCGGAGACCCCAAGCUAAUUCUGCUGAUUUACUUGAUGAACAUCAGCUAUCAGCACAAUGCAAUUUUUUUGGCAAAAAAGACAAACCUCUUUAUGUUCAAGGAACAUUUCAAAUUCUUCUGUUUCAACUGUACAGUAUCAAUCCUUCUUAUGUAACGAGUUGCUUGCCGAAUUGUCAGGAAGCAUGUUGUCAAUAAUGGCAGAGGUGUCCAGAUCCUCGGGGCUGCCAUCGGGAGAACUGAGCAAGUGCACCAAGGCCACGGGCUCUCCAGUCCGAGACACAAAUCGAACAACAACAAUUCGCAGAACAUGGGGUGCCCUGAUACACAUCGACAACGAACAAGUUUUGAACUUUCAGUACUAUGAGUUAGAGUGACAACUAAAGUUCAUAUAACCACAGAGAUCACCCUGCCUUUUACAUACAAGAAAACAUAGCUGUUGAUAGAUGUAGCUCCUCCUGUCCUGUGAACUGUGCCCCUGGAGAAGGGAUUAGUUAGAUAAUAUACUAGUUCAUCUCACUCUUCAAAGAAUUUGUACGAGGCUGUUCGUUGACGUAUACACAUGAUUGGUCUUUGUUUAUGUAAUCCCUUCACCUGCCUA